GCAACCCGCGAGAGUCAGAGUGAAGGAGAGGCAGAUUGACUCCCCGCAGGGAUUCAUCAGGUUACACACAGUGCUCUUCAGAUGGCUAAAAGAGAGAAGUAAGUUGGACAACGGUGGCGAAAACACCCCGAAGUCAUCCGGCUGGCUUCUCACUUCACCAACCGCGACACAAUGGAGCAAGAAUUCGAGGAUAUCGAUUCGUCCGGGAAAUGGCAGAACCUUUACAAUGACAUCCGCAACCAAGCCAUCGAAUAUCCGUACAAAGUGGCUAAGCUUCCAAUGAACAGGAAUUUGAAUCGCUACAGAGACGUCAGCCCAUAUGAUCACAGUCGGGUAAAGCUUGAAAAUGCGGACAAUGACUACAUUAACGCGAGUUUAGUCGCUGUGAAAGAAGCCGGGAGAGCUUACAUUCUAACUCAGGGCCCUUUGAGGAAUACGUGUGGCCAUUUCUGGUUGAUGGUCUGGGAGCAAUGUUCUAAAGCUGUUAUAAUGCUCAACAGAGUGAUAGAGAAAGGAUCUGAAAAGUGUGCUCAGUACUGGCCAACUUCAGAGGAGCUGCAGAUGUCCUUCACUGAUACGGGUUUUGUUGUUCGACUGUUGUCAGAAGAGGACCAGUCCCAUUAUACAAUCAGGGUGCUAGAACUAGAGAACACAAAGACGGGGGAAUCCAGAGAAAUCUACCACUUUCACUACACCACAUGGCCUGAUUUCGGGGUGCCAGAAUCUCCCGCCUCUUUCCUCAACUUCCUCUUCAAGGUCCGGGAGUCUGGCUCCCUGGGGCCCGAACAUGGGCCCUCAGUGGUGCACUGCAGUGCUGGGAUUGGACGCUCAGGGACCUUUGCCUUGGUGGACACUUGCCUGGUCUUGAUGGACAGGAGUAAGAGCUCGUCAUCUGUGGAAAUACAGAAGGUGCUGCUGGAUAUGAGGGAAUAUCGCAUGGGCUUGAUCCAGACCCCUGACCAACUGCGCUUCUCCUACAUGUCCAUCAUCGAGGGUGCCAAGCUCAUUCUGACCUGCAACUCUGCAGAACAGAACUCACAGAUUGGCCUGUUCAGAGAAGUCAUGGAGACGGAUAUACGACCUCCAACGCCUCCGCCCAGACCUCACCUCAAUGCCAGCAGGCCCAACGGCCCCUGCUUGGAGCCACAGCCCAGCACAGGGGACCACCUCUCAUCGAGGGACUCAGAUGGCCACAGUACGCCAGAGAACGAGAACUCUGUGCAGCUGAGGAAGAGGCACCGUGAGGAGAGGAUCGCUGGCACAGCACAGAAGAUCCAGCAGAUGAAACAAAAACUGACUGAAUCAGAGAAGAAGCAGGAGAAGUGGCAGUACUGGAGGCCCGUCCUGCUCAGCGUGGGUUCUGGGGCUGCCCUGGCUCUCACCGUUUUGUGUUGGAUGUACUUCCAGUAAAAUAACUCUGGCUCUCCCUCAAAAAACUGACUCCUAUUUUGCACCGGUACCUUGGAUUAGGUACUUCUUUAAGUAGACGUAGAUGGUAACAUGUGCAUAACUGAGGGUAUUUAUUAAGGUCAAAAUGCAAGAGCACUAGAUCAAGCAAGUGUGUGUAUAUUUUUUUCUCAUAAGAUCUUAACAGAAAUAGUAACAUCUCAGGAUCUUUGUGCCAGCACAGUGAUUUUUUUUUCUUUCCUCUCGUCACUGUUCAAGAAUGUACUGUGUCAUAGAAACAUGGCUUUGAAUGGAACUUACUAAAGGUGCAGUACAUAGAAAAAAAAGAAAAUCAGACAAGUUUAUUUUUGCAUUCUUUAUUUGUAAUGAUCAAAUGUAUGUUUAUCAUCUUUGGAUACAUUUUUGCAUUUCAAAGUCAUUGUUACUGACUGUUGAUCCAACCCUUAAAAUGUAGAGCAGACCCCAGACUGAAGACGUUAACUUCGGGAUUUCUUUUUUUAAUAUCUAUGAUAAACUGCAUGUUGUCCCAAGUUUUCUACAGCGCCAUCAGUUCUUCCACUGUUAAUAAGCAGGGCAUAUCUAUUUUCUUUUUUUUUUCUCCCACACUAAGAUUAAUUUAGAUUCUUAUGUAAAUCAUACAAACUGCCAGGUUCCUUGCCACUUAUUGCAUGUAUUUACCCACUGGUUGGGUCCAAGUUUUCCUGCUGUUGAUUUUGUUGUUGAGAAAACCAAAGCGAAGCUGUUUGUGUUCAGGAGGUUAACAGCCAGGCCAGCUCAUGGAUGACUUAAGCCUUGUACUCCCAGGAUGGGGAAUGUAUUUUUUUUUUGUCUUCUUAACCCUUUGACAUAACUCACACCUGUGUUACUAAAUGAAACUACUCAUGGUA